AUGACUGCCCAUGACAUACAUAGUCCGGCGGAGGGGGGUCUUCCCCCAGUCGUCCGUCACAUACUCGGGCACGAUGCCGAAGGGAAAUCGGUGUUUCUGCCUACAGAUUGUGAUGGCCAUCACCGCAAGAUUGUCAACAAUCCAGUUAUUGACAACAAUCUCAACUCGACUGAUCAACAAAUCAUUGAUUUUGAUGGCGAGGUGAACAUCAAAUAUGCUUGUGAGAACAAGCUAAAUGUCAGCGAGGAAAGCAGAUCUGUUUGCCGCAUGAUUGACUUCACUCCGGGUAGCGUAUUACCGAUAGACCGUGUCAACCAUCUUGACUCCGCCGUUGUGAUCGAGGGUGUUUUCAAAUUGAUUCUCGACUCUGGCGAGGAGCGAAUUAUGCAGCGUGGCGAUGUUGCUGCUCAACUCUCUACCACCCACAAAUGGGUCAACGCGACUGGAAAUGGGCUUCUGCCUGCUCGUAUUUUGUUUAUUCUGCUCAGAGCGAACAAUUUACAUACAAUUAGCAGGAAGGUGCAAAUAAAGCCAGACGUGCCCAGGAGGAAUACUAUCAGCUUGGUGAGCCUUGAAGUCACGGACAGACCUCAUCGCAGUAAAGGUCCAGACUUUUACGAAAAUGACUUCUUUGAAAGUGAAUUUUGA